AGCUGCACUCCCUGGAGGCUCUUAGGCUAUACCGGGAGAGGGCAGCUGUGCAGCUUCACAGAAUUAAGCUUGCUAUGGGCAGGAGAGAUGGGUUAGCGGUUAAGGCGCUUGUCUGGAAGCCCAAGGACUCAUGUUCGACUCUCAAGAUCCCAUGUAUGCCAGACGCGCAAAGCCCAUCUCUGAGUAGUGAAGAGAAUGUGAAACUGUUCGGGAAGUGCAACAAUCCAAAUGGGCAUGGGCACAAUUAUAAAGUUGUGGUGACAGUACAUGGAGAGAUUGAUCCUGUUACAGGAAUGGUUAUGAACUUGACUGACCUCAAAAAAUACAUGGAGGAGGCAAUCAUGGAGCCCCUGGAUCACAAGAACCUGGACCUGGAUGUGCCGUACUUCGCAGAUGUUGUAAGCACAACAGAAAACGUAGCUGUAUAUAUCUGGGAAAACCUUCAGAAAUUCCUUCCUGGGGGAGUUCUUUAUAAAGUUAAAGUGUAUGAAACUGAAAAUAAUAUUGUUGUGUAUAAAGGACAAUAGGUUUUAGGGGUUAACAUUGUGGAAAGAUUAAAUUUAAUAUUUGAAAAAGAUGUUUGUUCUCUAGCAUAUUAAGCAGUCACCAUGUAAUUGUGUCUUUACAUUGUGUUCUGUAGUGCCUAAUCUAGUGAACUGACUGUAAUACCUGCUAUUGUAUAUUUGUACGUUUUUAAAAAUCAAACUUGUAUCCUGAAUGUGUUUUUUUUUGGGGGGGGAGGAGGGAUCUGGGGAUUGAACCCAGGGUCUCACACAUAUAAAGCAUUCUGUCUGCCACUGAAUUACAUUCCCAGUCCUCUAAAUAUAAUUUGAGUCUUUUCAUCUAUACAUUAAAAAUUAUUUUGUUAAAUAUUUCCAUGUGGAAUUAUUGAAAGCAAAAGAAAUAUAUUUUUGUUGUAUUGUUUCAUACCUAAUUUUUAGCAUUUAUUUUUGGUAUAGUAUAAGUGAUAAAAAUGUUUAUACAAUUCAUAGUGAAUGAAUCAUAUAAAGUCAAAUUUAGGGGACCAUGAAGUCUGGCAACAAUACGUUUAUUUCUUAAUAGGUUGUGCUUCCUCAAUGACUUCUAGCUUAUGCUAAAGGCACAGUUUACCAGUGACAAGUCUUCUGAGGCAAAGCAUUGCUGAUGCAUGGACAGAGAUUCCUGAAAACAGUGCACUUGUGCAUGCUGUUCACUGGUUUGCACAGCUUGUUGAGCUACAAGUCGCUGUUAUGGAGCAGCACAGUACGUAUACCAAGAGUAUCAGGGAAGUGUAUUGGAUAUACUUGCCUGGAAUUCCAGAUGUCAUGCCAUUAUGUAAGUUUAACUUAGAAGACUGUACAAUAAUCACAUACUCUAAACCUUAUUAAAAUAGUUACCAGAAGGGAUCUGCUACUCCAUAAAGCAUUUCCUAUGUACAGUUUUCCUAAUUGAUCCCAUUUCAUUCUGGUCAUUAAACUAACCUACAUAAGUUGAA